UUCUAGCGAUCGUCUGGAUUGGCAACCGUCCAAAUUCACGCUCUGCACCGCCUAGACGUUGUAAAUGCGCAGAGCAAAUAGUACUCUUGUAGGAGCUUUAAAUGUUUCAGGAUUAAAUUAUUUUGUCAAUUGACUUGUGAGAAAAUGCGGCUUUGUUGUGCUAGUUUUUAACAUUUAUUGCAAAACAUUCGUUUGCUUUAUUCACAUUAUUACCUAACGUCAUGUUUUUAAUAGUAUGAAAACAGCGGAAGAAUCUAGAAGUAGGGACUAUUUAUGGUAAUAAUGGCGUAAGGAUAUUAAAGUUGACUUAGUGUUAUUAAAGAUAAAAAUGUAAGCUUUUUACAUUAAAAUAAAACUUCUAAAUCUGAAUGAAUGCGAUAAACUGAUUAUGUUGUGAAAAAUUCACAUUUCUUGUCCAAUUUAAAUUAUACCGCUGACUAUUUUCUGCGAUAUGUGUUAAGCGACAUCACGUGACUGUCUGGAGAUAGCGUGUCUCGACGAAGCGAAGAAGAAGAAAAGUUUGCAGCUCUCUAGUUCUACCAAGUAAAUCAGUAAAGAUCCAUAUGCAUGUGCUGCAUACAUAGUGUCUUACAUAUCUAAAGGGCAGCGAGGUAUGUCAAACUUGCUUAGUAAUGCUUGUAGGGAAGCCAAAGAAUCUGAACAUGAUAUGCGCCAACAGGUACGUAAAGUAGGAAAUACUUUUUUAACACAUGUUGAGGUAGGAGCUCAGGAAGCUUGCUAUUUAGUCUUGCAAAUGCCAUUAAGAAGAUCAUCAAGAGAUGUAGUUUUUGUUGACACAAAUGCUGAAGAAGACAGAGUUGUUCUAAUGAAGCCUAUGUCCAUCUUAAAAGAACUUCCCAAAAACUCAACAUCGAUAGAGUCAGACAGCAAUAUCAAAAGAUAUCAACGUAGACCUUACACAAUGAAUAAAUAUUGCUUGGCAGACUUUGUAGCUCAUUUUAACAUUCAUUACCCUAAGAAAGGAAGUAAGAAUGAGCAAAACUUACAAUCAUCCACUGAAUCUGAAGAUUUGCCAGAAUCUCAUUAUGAGUUAGAUGCAGAAGAUGAUCCUAAGUCUUUUGAAAUAAAUGAAAAUGAUUUGACAGAAGAGCAUGUGUUCAAAGAUGGAUCUAUAAUGAGGAAAAGAAAUAAUGCAAAAGUUCUGUACUCUGUUGGUUUUAACAAAAACGAUGACAAAGAGAAUUUUUAUAGAGAACAGAUAAUGCUCUACUUGCCUUGGCGAAACUAUUCUGAUAUUUUAGGGGGUUAUAUUACUUACGAAGCAAGAUAUAAUGAUAAUUCUGAAGAAAUUGAAGUCAAAAGAAAAAAUUAUGUGUGUGCUCUGACUGAAAAUAUUGCUCAACUUGAAAGAGAAGUUCUUUCAUCAGAAGAUGAACCAACAGUUACAGAAUCUCAGCACCAAGAUGAAUGUGAUCUUGAAAGGGGAUCAAAUUUGUCAAAAGAAUUUGAAUGCUUUAAUCCAGGAAUCAACAAUGGGAAUAAUGACUAUGACCUAGCUUUAGAUUUAAAUAUUGGAAGAAAGCAAAUUGAUUUUCAAGAUGAUCAUGUUUCAAUAGAAAUGCCUGAUGCUGAAUUCCGUUCGAUGGUGCAAACAUUAAAUGUUAAACAAAAAGAGUUCUUUUAUCAUGUUUUGAACUGGAUAAAAACUGAACAAAAUCCCUUAUAUUGCUUUCUUAGUGGAGGUGCAGGUGUUGGUAAAAGUGUUUUACUAAGGGCACUUCAUCAAGCACUAAUUAAGUAUUUAAAUCACAAACCUGGAGAAAAUCCAGAUGAAGUAAAAGUAUUAAUCUGUGCUCCAACUGGGAAAGCAGCUUUUAAUGUUGGAGGAUGUACAAUUCAUUCUGCUUUUAAUAUUCCUGCAGAUCAAGGAUUUCAUUUUAAACCUUUAGAUAUGCAACAGCUAAGUACAUAUCAAACAAAAUUCAGAUGCUUGAAAGUAUUGUUUAUUGAUGAAAUUUCUAUGGUAGGUAAGAAAAUGUUCAAUUUUAUUAAUCAACGUUUGCAAGAAAUUAUGGGUUGUCUUGAACCUUUUGGAGGUGUCUCGGUCAUAGCAUUUGGCGAUUUGUUUCAAUUGAAACCAGUUAUGGAUCAAUGGAUCUUUUCUUCUCAGUGUAGCAGUGAAAAUAUUGCAUCAUUAGGACCAAAUCUUUGGGUUGAUCAUUUUCAAAUCUUUGAACUUGAACAAAUUAUGAGACAGAGAGAUGAUGUCAAAUUUGCUGAAAUUUUGAAUAGAUUGAGGGAAGGAAAUCAAGAUGAAGAAGAUAUAAAAACCCUUAAAGAACAAAUAUUGCAGAAUGAAAGUAACAUUACUAGAAAUUUGCCUCAUUUAUUUACAAGAAGGUGUGAUGUUCAGCAGUACAAUAAGGAAAUUUUCAGUCACAUAAAUGAGUCAAAUAAAACAAUUGUUGAAGCAUUUGACAGCGUAUCAGGUGAUUUGCCUAGCUCUAUGUGUGAAAAAGUUUUAUCAAAAUUACCAGAUGAUGCUUCAAAAACUAAAGGUCUUACAAAAUUUCUCUGUCUAGGAGAGGCAAUGCCUGCAGAAAUCUGUAUUAACAUUGAUGUUGCAGAUGGCAUGACUAACGGUACACCAUGUACCAUAAAGAAGUUGGAUUAUCGUGUACCAAAUUCAACUAGAUGUAGUAUUGUGUGGGUUGAGUUCUGCUCUUCAGACAUUGGGAAAAAAUGUAGAAAACAGUUUCAACAUUUAUAUGAAAGACACAUUUCGUUGUCAUGGACUCCAAUUUUAGAAAUAACAAGAAAGUUUAACUUCAAUUAUUAUAAGUCAUUUUGUAUAACUCGCCGCCAAUUUCCAUUGACUCUUGCUGCAGCAAAAACUGUGCACAAAGCUCAAGGUAGUACUUUAGAUGGUGCUGUGAUUGGACUUGGAAAGAAAAAAAUAGACCACUUGCAUUAUGUAGCUUUAAGUAGAGUUCAAAAAUUAUCAAAUGUUCAUUUACUAAACUUUGAUGAAAGCACCAUUAAAGUAUCAGAUUUUGUUGUUGAGGAAAUGAACAGACUAAGAACAACAGCAAAUGUGUUUGUGACAAUUCCUCUAUUGUAUAAUAUUGCAGGAAAUGUCUUGAAAAUUAUCUUUCACAAUUGUAGGUCAUUUAAAAAACAUUUUCAAGAUAUUAAAAAAGAUUAUAAUUUAUUAUCUGCUGACAUUUUUGCAUUUGCUGAAUCAUGCUUAAAUGCAAGUGACAGCAACUCCAGAUAUGAAUUGGAAGGUUUUGAAAUUUCACGAAAUGAUGACCAUUGUUGUAAUGAAAGACCAUACAAUGGAACAAUUGUGUACUCAAAAAUAAUGCCAAACCUUUUUCAGAAAAAAAAUAUAUUCAAUAUAGAAUUAACUCAGGGUUACAUUUUGCACGGUGAUUCACAAAUAAAUGUUUGUUUCAUUUAUUGUCCACCUAAGCUUGCAUCAAUGAGUCUUUAUAAAACAUUUUUUGCAUUUUUAGAUAAGGAAUUUGACUUUAAAAAACCUCACAUCAUUAUGGGUGAUUUUAAUUUAGAUUUCAACAAAAUUAAGGACUUGCCAGCCUUCCUUCAGUAUACUUAUUCACUUUAUCAACUUAUAACAAAAGCUACCACAAAUUACCAAACAACUUUAGAUCAUAUUUACACAAACAUUGAUAAAAGGCUCAUAAAUUCUAGUGGAGUAUUGGAGUCUUACUUUUCAGAUCAUAAACCUGUUUUCAUUUCCUUGAAUGAACUGUUGUAGAAAGGAAAUAUUCAUCUUAAAAUAAACCAGUGCUCAAAUAAUUAAAAGACCUACUUGUCCGAUCAAACAAACUUCAUGUUCAAAGUAAAAAUUAUUUUCUUUAUUUCAGUAUUAAUAUUACCAUCACUGUAGUUGCAGUAAAUAAUUUUUUUUGAAUUUGGUUAUCUUUAUAGAUGAAGACACUUCAUGAAAUCUUUGAAAGUGGAGGUCAGUCCAGUGCUCCAUACAACACUGCCUUAAAAGUUGUCGUUUGUGGAAUAGGACAGGUUGUGCAGUACAGAAAUGCCAGUGGCGAUCAAAGAGAAUCAGUGACGGUUGGAUUUGCUGACCAAUCUAUGGCAGCAAAGGGAACAUUGUAUGACAUGACAAAGAAAGACACCUUAAGAGUUGGGUCCACAGUCAUGCACAUGAACUCCAUAAUUAAAAAGGACAUGAAAACUAUUGUCAUCACCAACAAGUCAAAAGUCUUGAAGACAAGUCCACUGGAAGAUGUGCCAAGAGAGAGAAUUCAAGAAGGCCAUGCUUUGGCAUGUCCUUCUCCUGCCGAGACAGUUGAGAUCAAGGCAGUCCACACAUCCCCAGUUAAGACUCUCUUGACAAUCAGAGGGCAAAUAAUAUCAGAAGAAAUGGAGAGAACUGUUAAAGUAGGGGGUGUAGACACCUCUGUUCGUGCUCUAAGGGUGAAAGAUGAGUCUGCUGUUUGUAAAGUGACCUUGUGGAGGGAUUUCGCCAAGAGGAAAACCUCGGUAGGCAGCCAUAUCAAACUAACUGAUGUGGCCGUCCAACUUUUCAAUGAUGAAAAGUCUUUGUCAACAACCUCCCGCACAACGUUACAGGAAGUGGAAUCUCCAGAAGUUAACAAAACAAUGACAUUCAUAGCAUUUGAGUGGAUUGAUUCCGAAUUCUUGACAUUAACAGCUGACACAGAAGAUUUCCCAGAGUUUUCCAUCUCAAAGGAAACCUUAAAGAUUGCACUACAAUGUACAGAAACUGAAGAAGUUGAGGAAUGUUUACUGAGAAAACUUCCUCUUCGUGCAAACAUAAACUUUAAGGAACGAGAGAUUCUGCAAAUCACAGUGUGCUAAGUGAAUUGCAAAUUAUACAAGUAAAAAGUAUUGAUGCACAAAAAUUGAUGCAGAAAAAACAUUCUACUGAUUUUACCAUCAUUACUUUUACAUUUGCCACCAACUUUUUGUUUGAAAGGGUUUAUCUUUUUGCAUAAUAUUUUUACAAUACAUGUUCAAUUGUGCACGCUAUAGAGCUUUUGAAACAAACUUUACUUUGUUUUUACUUUUACAAUCAUCACUCUUAAGCAAUCUUAAUUAAUAAUUGAGCAACGUAUGAUUUAUUCGUUAUUUCCAUUUACUACAACAGAAUUGUUUUUUUUUUUAUAAAUAUUUGUUUUAACACACUAUAACAAAAAGUAUGUAUGCAUGUUCCAUACCAUUUUAUUGUAUUCACAAAGUAAUGAAAAAUUCUGAUGAAUAUACAAUUGCAAAUGUUUUUUAAACUACAAUGUAUUAAGAUCAGCUUAUUCAAAUACUCAAAAAUAAUUCAGCUCUAGUGUAGUAUUUCUAUUAUAUUUUUUUUUCUUUGGAGUAACUGUUAAAAUCAAGAAAUGUUUCAUUAGAAAACUCCCUCUUCAAGCAAACAUAAACUUUAACAAACAAGAGAUUCUGCAAAUCUUGGUGUGCUAAUCGAAUUGCAAGUUGUAAAAAUGAUAAGUGUAUUGAUACAUGAAAAUUGGUACAGAAAAACCUUCUACCAAUUCUACCAUCAUUACUUUUACAUUUGCCACCAACUUUGUGCUUGAGAGGGUUUACCUAGUUGUAUAAUAUUUUUACAAAAAAUGAAAAAUUCUGUUAGAUGUACAAUUGCAAACUUCAAUUUAAAUCUCUUUAAUGCUAUUAAGGUCAACUUAUAUGAAUACUAAAGAAUAAUGCAUCUCUAGAGUGGUAUUUCUUCUUUUCUUUUUGUAAUAGUUAUUUCCAUUUGUAACUGUUAAUAGUUAUUUUUAUUUGUUUGUAAGUAGAUACUAGAAAUUGUUUGGAAAAAAUAAUUCCUGUUAGUACAUUUUAAAGUAUUAUUUUUUGUUUUGUCUGUAAUUUUCUUUUAUACUAGUCAUUGUUGAUCAGGUUGAUAUUUGUAUACGCUAUAUACACUAUGCAAGUCCCAAAAUGAGUUUUCCUGAAUAGAUCUGUUAUUAAUUGUCCCUGUUUAAAGAACUCUCAAUUGAUAUCUCUAAUCAUAAGCACAAUUCCUGAUACUCAGUUUUUUUUAAUAUCAUUCCAUUCCUUUAUUACUUUAUAAGGAUCACUGUUCGAUUUACAGACCUACACUUGUAUAUAAAUGCCUUUUGACCAAUCAAAAGACAUAUCCAGAUUCUCAGGAAGAAUUUACUAUUCCAUUGCAAUAAUAUCAUCAAGAUUACUGUUCUCUUAUAAAGGCCUAUUGACACAUCAUGAGCACAUGUCCAGAUACUCAGGAAUUAUUCAUUGCGAAGUGCCAUUUUUAUUAUACAUUGCCAACUAUUCCUGAUAUUUCAUGUAGUAGUUUUUUUAGUUUAUUACGAUUACACUUGAGUAAACUUUUGGGAAACAUUUCCUGUUUCUAUUUGUUACACUUCUUUUCAUUUUUUCAUACAAAUAUCAUUUUAGUCUGUAAGUCUGUGCAUACAAAUGAUAUUCCAUUCAAUAACGAAGCCCAAAGUGCCAUUUAUACAAGAAAUAACUUUAAAAACUUAUAUUACAAAAGAGUUAUUUUCUUCUGCUAAUGUUGUUUAUUCACUCUAAAAUAUAGGAUCGUUCUUGUUCACCAUAUACAGUAAUGUUUACAUCAUUUUUGAAAACUAAAUGUAGUUUUUUAUAUCAACAUUUAUAACAUGUCUCCUGUACGCAAACUAUUUGUUAUUGCAUUAACAUGCAUCACUGCCAAAUUAUAUUUAAAUAAAAGAAAUGUUUUUCCCUGUAUAUAAAUGUUUUUUGUGUUGUUUAUUAUGAUAAAUUUAUAUUUCACAAAUUUUGCAUGUAAAGAAUGUGGGAAACAGAAAUAGGACCAUAACACAAAAAGAGUGCUUGGAGGUGACAGUGACAUGUUCAUUAUGGACUUGGAAAUACAUAAUCUCGCAAGAUGCAAAACUCAAGGUCCCUUUUGUAGUUGUAGAGUGGCUCUCAGCCUCUGUCAUUGUUACGAACUUUACCUUUAGUAUGAAAUAGAAAUUUUUAGAUAUCCAGACUAAACAAGAUGUUAAAAUGUAAAUAUAAGCAUUAAAUCAUUGAUAACUUGAAAGAUACAGCUUUAUGACUGCAACAAUAUCUGCAUGCAAAUUUUCAUAACAUUAUAUUACGCAUAACUCAAUUUGCAUGCACACACCGCUUAAGUAAUGAGACUUCAUCUUCAAUAAGAAAAAUGAUUGCUUAAAUGUAAAAGAAGAGUUUAUAUUGUGUUCAAAUGAAUGAAUAAAAAACCAUUAUUUGCAUAGAUGACAUUUCAAUUCAAAAUAAUCAGCAUGUACAGUUUUAUGAUCUUAAUUUUAAAAGAAUAACAAUUUUUACACUUUCCAAAUCCAUUUCGACAAUAUCAACAUCUCAAUAAAACAUUACUCAUAACUGCUUCAAAAUAUGACUGUUUCAACUACCUUAAGCUU